CUCUAGACUUCAACUCCGACCAAACGAAUACGUACCCGUCCUACCUCCUCAUAUCCUCGAGCUGUCGCCGUCGUCGCGCACAUCUCCUAACUAUGUCUGUUCACCUCAUUCCCAACAACGCGUUGGGUUUCAACAGACCUUUCUCGCAGCUCGUUAAGCAAGUUCUAACUAUCACGAACAAAAAUGCCCAGCCAGUAGCGUUCAAAGUCAAGACUACAGCGCCCAAGUUAUACUGUGUACGGCCCAACUCGGGCAGGAUAGAGCCUGGUGAAAGUGUCGAUGUUUCUGUAAUGCUACAACCGAUGAAGGAUGAACCACCUUUGUCGUCUAAGUGCAAGGAUAAGUUCCUAAUCCAAAGCACCCUCAUCACACCCGAGAAGGAGACCAGGGAUCUACAGGACUUCUGGAAUGUGCCAGCAGGCACGGGAGAAGAGUGGAAAGUUUACCAGCAAAAGCUCCGUGUCGUAUACCUUCCGCCUGAAGGGCAAACUGUUGAAGAGGAGGACGAAGGACAUGUGGAGCCCCCCGUAUCUCUCCUUCCAUCGGCGGAGCCCGUUGAUAGACCGUAUAACUACACAACUGUUAGGGAUCCAGAGCCACGUCCACCGCUACCUAUGCCACAAUUCUCUUACGAUGACGGAGUUCAAGCUGCACCACUGGUGCAACCGCAGCGCUCGAUCACGCCACCCCCACCAGAGCGAGAGCUGAGCAGUUCUCAAGAGGGCGGUUCUUACCGAGACGAUCUUGGAUUCCAGAGAUCUACCAGUGGUGGUGUUGGCAUUGUCAACGUCAACGUACAUUCGCCGUCACCGCCACCCUCUCCUCCAGUUGCACGAGCAGCGUCUAUCAACCAAGAGUUGGAAGCGAAGUAUAUCUCAGCUCAGGAUGAGAUACAAAGGCUUCGGGAUCUUCUUGCGGCUGUGCCAGAUCCCAGCUCUUUGGCGCCAGAAUCCAUCGCACCUACAUCCGUCGCUCCCUCGGACUUCCGGAGGAGACAUACCUCGGCACUCUCAGAUGACGGAGAGACAUAUUCGGGCUCUGACGUCGGUACCAUGGUGGAGCAUGAUAAUGUUAUCCACCAGGAAGGCGUUCCACUACAGGUGGUUGUUAUUAUUGCGCUCGGCGUUUUUAUCACGACGUAUCUAUUUUUCUAAGUAGCCAAGCAGAAACCUGCUCCUUUCAUCCCCUUCCUCUCUCGAUCCCUCCGAGCUCCAUUGAAGUCAUUUCGCGCAGCACGUGCCUCGCAUCAUAUACGCUCUUUCUCUUCCCCGUCGGUGAUAUGAAGGGGAUUUUAGGGAGCAAGGGCUGUGGUUGCCGUUCUUAUGACUUUUGCAUUUAACACCGAGGUACAUAGUACGUUAGCAUUUUUCUUCAUUGUUGUGUCUGCUUAGUGUUAUGUUCUGUGCAUCGCUAUAUAUAAUCUGAUUUGAACAUGACCGUGGAGAUAGUUAUAGGCUGAGAAUAGACUGUCUUCCUUCUAUUGGUCCUAGUAGGGGAGACUAGGCUAAGAGCUUAACCUCCUGUGCUUUUGGGAGUCGAUAAUAGAUAUUU